AUGGUAGCCAUAGACGGCGUUCACAACGACUGGCGCCACCUCCUUCUUCCACUCGCUCAACAAGACGAACUCGUCAUGGAUGCCGUCCUUACAGUCUCGGCUUUUCACUUCCACAUCAACAAGCUAGACAAUAAUUUCAAAAAGAACCAGAAGCAGUACUCUGCUUUCGGAACGAACACAUACGAUACUUACGUCCCUGAUCCAUAUCAACUUCUGGGCCGAACACUUCAAGGUCUACGGCAACGUCAGGAACUGAUAUGCAAUAAUCAAACUACCCAGCACUCGGUACUCAUCAGCCUUUUGCUUCUAAUGACAUCCGUGCUUGUCACUGGAGGCUCAGACUUUCCUGUUCUUUUGCGAAUGCUCGAGUCAGCGCUGGACGCUAUUGGAGGAAAAGAAGGGCUCGGUACUGGCAUAUUGGCUGGCUUUAUCAUGCGUGAGCUUCACAAGAUCCGAGUUUAUGCUGCCCCGCAUCUCGGGGAAGAAACAGGUCUCCAAAUGAUCUCAUCUCAAGCCCGAACAGAUCAACUCUUCGGCUGUCUCAACCACUGUCUCCAACUCUACCCAGAACACACACCACUCUUCUCCCAAGUCGCAAGCCUCGUCUAUCAAGCCCGAGAUAUCUAUCUCCAACAGGUUCUCUCCGACCAUACCUCCAACUUCUUCGACCUAGAUCCCAUACCCACCAAUCCCGAGUCGGUAGCACGCGUGCAGCGCUUCAUCGAAGCCCUCGAACAAUUCCCAGAGACUUCUCCUGUCGCUCACAUGUUAGUCUGGACGACUUUUGUGGCGGCGUCGGAUGCACAGCUUGAAGAGCACAAGGUCUAUUUUGAGAAUGUUUUGAGAAGACAUCAUGCGAGAAGUGGGUUUGGUAAUUUGUUGAAGGGUAUUGAGGCGUUGAAGAGGAUGUGGGGUAGAAAGCCUGGGGAGAGAUGGACGACUCUUUUACCGCAGACAAAGGUUCUUGUUGCUUAA